AUGAUCAACUGGAUCGCCCUUCUGCUGGCAGUCCAGCUGGCGCGGGCUCAAUACAGUCCACAGACCUACCCGGACCCGCGGUUGGACCCUGCGGGCUGUAAGACCCUGUUCCCGGGCCAAGUUUGUGAUCCGGCCGAAAUCCUGACGCCCGAACAGAGGAAUCAGCUGAACGAGAAGAUCCAGAAUGUACGGUUAAGUUGUUUAUGAUCUUUAUAACUGAUUUCUAUUGUUCUUUUACGUUAUGAAAUUACUCUACGUAAUUUGUCUAUGUAAUUAAGAAACAAAGAGUUGUUUUUACAAAAAACGUUUCAAAACUUUAAUUUUUAAGGGUUAUUAAAAAAUUAUUUAGUUACAACGUAUCACGUCCAACAUACGAAACACGUCGCCAGCAUGUGCCACCUCUCACCACUCAAACUUGUACAUUAUGAUUGCUUUGAUCGACAAGUUGGGAAUGUUACCUUUCGAAUCUGUUUCUGUAGAAAAGUUCACGAACCUCCUGAGGUCACGCUACAUGAACUACCAGGUAAUACAAAUUAAGUUCUUGUAUUAAGACUACUUUUUUAUUACAAUUUUAAGUUUUUAUUAAAUCCUAAAGAAUUCUUCAAAUUUUCAUAUUUUAAACCAUUGUAUACCUAUGAGAAUACCUUCUAUUGUAGGAUGUUGGUCUUUGUGACACGAUGGUGCUGAUUGUAAACUCACGACAAGAUAGACAGGUGUUUACCGUGGCUGGACGAGACGCUAAGCUGUCGCGAGACGUUCUUCAAGACGCCUUCCACAAGAACCUUGUACAUUUCCGUGCCGGAAGCUACGAGACUGGUCUAGAAGGAAUGGUGGAGCAGAUUGUCGGAGCUUACAACUUGGCUCACAUCAUUCAAGUGCCACAACCCACCUUUAAUGAAGGCAACUUCCAACAGUUGCCUUCAACCUCAAGUGGGUCUGGCCACUUUGCUCAUGGUGUUCCCCAGAAGUCAGAUGUACAAACGGAAAAAUUUAACUUUGCCGAUGUAAAGGAAGACGACCAGCUCUGGGUACAGCUGAUGAUGAAGGCUGUGAGUAGGUGUGGCUACAAUCAAGCCAAAGUAACAGAAUACGUACGAGGAGUUGUAGAAGGUAGGUAGCUAACUUUAUAUAAAAUAUUUUUGUAAGCUAUCGACCUUCUAAGAAACAACGCAUAGAUUAACAACACGUCAUUUCAGAAGCCAUGUCCCUUUCCCUAAAACUUAUCAGUGAUUCUCGCUACAACAAAAUCGAAGAGGAAUCUCAGGAUAUUGCCUCAGGACCGAAUGCACGUGAUAGAGCAUGGCAAAACGCUUCCUUCAUCCAGGAAUUGUACGAAAGAUACAGCGGCUCCUUCCCUCGGAAAGUGUCGCAAUGCCCGGUCUCCGAUAACACCUCAAAGCUUUAA